AUUUAGUCAGUUUGUAUCGAGCUAGACGCGGUGUUGUAUCCGGUUUAAAAUUAAGAAAUAUCGUUUCUUAGGCGCACGAGUUACACGGAAGACGUAAACAGACGGUUUAUACCGCGUUUCAAACGAUUUCACCGUAAUAUACACGUGUUGUAUCGGAUUUUAGAUCCAUUUAUUCGAUUAUUCGUCGACUUGCAAUUUUAUAGAUAAGUAAUAAAGUAGUUAGAUAAGUUAUUCGUAAUUCGAGGAAUUAUUCAACGAUCCUCGCGAAUAAUCGCGCCCAAAGAAGGAAAUCGUGAAAUUGCUAAUUUCUGGACAGAGUUUAUAUAUAUAUAUAUUUAUAAUUUUUCUGGUUUUCGUUACGUGCUCGAUUUAAUUAUUCGAAACGGUAAUUCUCCGUCCGUUUCGUCCUUAGCGCGAUAAAUAUUUGCUCCGUUUGGGACGGUUGAACCGUGUGCGAUUGAACGUCUACGAAAUCGCGAAAUCAGGAAAAUUUGGAGAUUAAAAAUGAAGCUGGAGACGCGUGUAAACCCCAGCUCGAAUUGGUAUCGUCGACCACGUAAACGUCCUCUGGUAGGACCGACGGGGUCCCCUGUUCUAGACGCUACUUUGAUCAUGCAAACCAGAACUUGCAAAUGGUUUCGCAAAAGCAAAUCUGUUAACGUUAUAAAGCGGGUGACCUUUCGAGACGAAGCAAUUAUAUCGAUGUCUGUGGCUGGGGAGGUAACCGACACUUCAAUAAUGGAAGUGGGCCGUUCGAGACCUCAAUUCCAGUAUUCCAGGGAGGAGUUGAUAAUGAUAAAGUUUCUGCCGUUAUCUAUGAGGAGGCCCGAUUUCUUAGAUACCUCGUACAAUAAUUCGCGCGGUAUAUGGGAUCCCGAACGUUGGCAUUCGGGUAGGAAGCGAAGCGAUACACCCCCGAAAGACGAAAGGACCGGACGUGGUGAUCAAGUUGCUGAAAAUCAUAACAAACGUCGUAACGGUGAUCCACGAGAACGAAUCCGUAAAGAACAAGACGGAAUAGUUCUGAGCCCUCAACGCAGAAGUUUUAAUUCGGGUUGCUUCGUUAACGUGAAUCAGCCCUCGAAACGACGACCCGAGAGCCCCAUAGGAAAAACAGAGGUUAGUCAUAGGGAACCCGUACGACGAAUCGGUAGCGGGAGGAUCCUGCCCCGCGACAUAUGGGACUUUAGACCUGAGAACGAGAAGCUGGAACCUGAACGCGCGGACUUCAGUUUCCGAUCCGGCUCGAGCGGGGGCAAUUCGAUGCGGGAUCGCGACAGCAGGGACGCUCGGGAUGGGAAGGAUCGCGAAAACGUGAGAGAGAGGGAUCGCGAGCGCGACAACUUGCGCGAACGAGACGACAGGAUCGAGCGUUACGAGCGAAGGUCCUUCGGUCGCGACUACGGGGACAGAGACAGGGAUCGGGACAGGGGAAUCGAACGGAACGAUCGUAACCAUCAGCCGGAUCGGGAAAAGGACAGGAGGGAAAGACGAUUCAGCAAUGAUCGCAGGCGAACAUAUAGCGACAAUCGCAGCGAGGUGGACGAGCCGGAGUGGUUCAGUUCCGGGCCCACGUCGCAGCACGACACCAUCGAGCUGAGAGGCUUCGAGGACAUACCCGAGGAAAAGGCUGUAAACAACAAUAGCAAUACUAAGAAUAAGAAGGAAACUCCGGCGCAGAAGAAACGCGGGAAGAAGAAUUCUCUGGAGAAGGACGAGAAGCAAAGCGAGAAUUCAGCUGGUCCCAAAGGGCGCAGCACGCCGACCGCUAUGGAUCAACCUAUGAACGUCGUCGCGGCGCCCCAUUCGCCCAUUUCGGAACAGAACGAGUCGUCGUCCCUCGCGCAGAAACCGAAUCAUGAUUCCAGCGAGAGCACCGUCACCGAACAAAGCUGCGAGACGACCGACAACUCGAGCAUCUCGAAUCAAAACCAAGAGAACAGCCAUCCAGAUUUCAACCUCGACGAGUUCUUGAAAUCGGACACGUUCCCUGGUGUUCCUGGGCUUUUAACUAACGGAGUUGGCUCGAACGGGGGAUCUUGUUCGCGAUUUAGUCAGUGGUUCAAAAGGGAAAGUCCGGUUCAACAAGUGGACAGCCGCAGAACUUCUAUACAGGACGACAUAUUGAAUAAUCUUCUUAACGAUAUCACCGAGCCAAAUAUUCAGAUCCCAUCGGUGACCGAGUCUAACGCAUACUUCGCUCCUAUUUCUCCUGCCAACACGACUACGAACACCACAUCUACUACCGGAGUUAAAUUAUUGGAAAUGCUGCAACGUGGGAGUAAACCGAGUCAGAACGGACAAGGGGACGCGACUAGCACUGUCGUACCUUUAAUGAAGAGCACGACUAUCAAAGAUAUGGAAGUUGGUGGAAAAGUUGUGCAUAGCCUGGAGGAAUUAGAAGCAAGUAUGCGAGGUGGUGCUCCUCCACCUACGUCUUCGACUGAUCAACCUCGUGUAAAUAAGACUGAAGAAGAUCUCUCUGCUUUUAAGAAAUUGCUUGCUCAAGUGACUGGAGGACAAGCUAUACCAGCAGCGAACAGUCCCAUGUCCCAGAAACAAUCUCCAACGUUGAUGCAACUGCUUAAUUCGCAACUGAAAACCCAACCGAUUGCCCCUCAGCAAUCUGUCCCCGAGUCAAUUCAUCCUACGAGGUUUAAUCACGUUGGCUCUCUUGGACCGAGUCCGCACUCGGAUCAGGCACAGAUGCAGCACGAACAUCUGAUGAAAGUAUUACAAAUCCAACAGCAACAGAAGCAGCAGCAGCAACAACAACAACAACAACAACAACAGCAGCAGCAGCAGCAGCAGCAGCAGCAGCAUUCUGAUAUGUUUUCGAUGAUGAUGGGUGGUCAACGAAUCGUUGACAGGAGUCCUUUGCAAAUGAUGCUUAACAAAGCCCCAACGAGUCUCGAACUCCUUCAAAGACCGGAAGCUCAAGCCAUUAUUCAAGGUCUUCAACAGGGAGAGAUAACUAGGCAGCAUCUCAUACAGCAAUUGCAGAAUCCAGCUAUGCAGCAUCGUCAUAGAGAGCUUUUAGUAAAUAUUUUAAAAAUUUAUGGCGGCACCACCCCGCGUACAAUAAGCCCACAUCCCAGCGCACCUACUCCUCAGGAUCAUAUCUUGCAACAGAUGUUGUACCAGCAGCAGCAGCAAAGGAUUCCAUCCCCCAUGAAUAACGUGAUGCAGCAUAAAGUUCCUUCACCGCGGGCGAUCGUAAUGCAGGCACAGACUAUAAUGCAAAAUGCUCUGAUUAAGCAAAAGUUGGAGGAGCAACGCGAGAACUACCGUAAACGGCAGGACGAAGAAGAACAGCAACAGCAGCAACAAGCUCAACACAGAGCGUCGAGUCCUGUCAACUCUCCAGCGAAGCACGCGAUGAGCCCGACGCCGCUCGCUUUUACCCCGACAUCAGUGUUACGUAAAAUGACUGCCGAUAAGGAACCUGAGGGCAAUAGUAACGAUCCAUCGAAAUUGGCAGCCCAAUCGCAAACACCACAGAUGCAACACAUGCCGUCUGCUGUUCAGUUACUAGCGCAAGGAGCUCUUUCUCGGCAUAACACGUUGCGACCACAAUCUGUUCAAUCCACAUGGUCGAAUCCACCUGUUAAACAACAUCCAGGUCGACCAAUAGUGAAAGGCGGCAGCGGGGUUAAUCAGUUCCAAUAUAGCGGAAACACAGAUUUCCAACAACAACAACAGCAGCAGCAGCAACAACAACAACAUAGGACGAUUUCAAGCGUGUAUGGAAAUUCUGCACGCUCGAAACAUACCAUGACUACACCCAUACCGCAUCACAAUGUUUCCCAAUACAAUAUUGCUCAAAAUUCAAUGAUAAAUCAGAGGUCAAACGCCAUGAACAACCAAAUGAGAGUGCAGCAGGUUCAGUCGCAUCUCGCUAACAUGCAACAUCAGCCCCAGCAGCAACAACAGCAACGGACCCUUAAUUCGCAAAUGCAAAUUGUUUUGAAUCAAAACUACAAUUCCAGUCGAACAGAUGAGCGAGUAAUGCGGUCACAGCAAAUGAACAUGCCCGUAGGUCGUCAAACAUCGCCAGGUUUAGAGUACGUGGGUACUAACGCUGGGGAUCUUUCGCCAACUUCUAAUCAAUUGGCACGAUGGUUCAGUCCAGAACUUCUCGCUCAGGCUCGAGCUGGUAAGCUUCCGGAGCUUGUCCAGGCAAAUGUCUUAUCGUUGGAAGAAUUAGAAAGACUUCAACAUGCAUCGACUACAGUGCAUAAUUAGAUUAAUAUUGUACCUUCUCAUAUUUACAAUUUGCAAGCAGAGAAUUCUAUUGGCAGGUCGACUGCCGCGACAAAUUAUACCUUUUAAAUUUAGAUGGCUUUUCAUAUUAAACACUCAGUAUGAAGAUUCACUCGUAUUAAAGACAAGUCUGUUUAAGUAAUACAAUAUAAAAGUAAACAAAAAUUCUGCUUGCAUACACAAAGUCAUUUAGGUAACGAACCUUAACGGGAGUAAGGUUUAGAGAAGUAAUAUCCACCCUGGUCAGAAACAUUUUUGCACACGAUACAGAUGGGUUGAGCAGUAUUUACUUUUCUAGGGGGGAACGUCCUUUUUUGAGUAUAUCUUACGACUUAUUUGUAACAAAUUUUACAAAGCGCGUUAACUGAAUGCUACAAAUGUACAGAGGAUAUGGAAUAAGAUGUAAGAUUGAAGAUAACUAAAGCGAAGUGAGCCAUUUAAAAAGAAGUUUAAACGAACAGCUUUCUACGACAAAGAUUUAUUGCUUAUAAGACUGAGAAACUUGGAAAUUCUUAUUAUUGACUACGAGGAAGUAACGUACUAUGUCUCUACACACGCUCUUUCUAAAUGGCGCAAUAAAGAAAAUUAUUUGCCUACGCAUGGACAGCAAGUUCUUAUUUUCAACAAGCUCACAUAUCUUCGAGAUCUGUAAUUUACAGCGGCGCUUCGAAAUCUGAAAUUGUUCGAAUUUAAUAUUAUUGUACGUUUUAGCGUUAUGGAAAAUCGUAACAGCAGUCAGUGAUGGUUAGCUUGCGAUGUCUUUCGGGCAAAUAAUAUUUACGUAACCUUGACGAAGUUGCAACUCUCUCAAGUACAGUUAUCUACGCAGAAAAAAAAAGUGUCAUAUAUUACAUACUACUUACAUUAUUGUGGACUACGCGAACAGAGUGAAUAUUCGAGAUAAAAUAACGUGAACGAGCACUCAUUAGGUCUUGCAUUAAUUGCAAAAAUAAACAUGUACUAUAUACUUUGUAGAAGUGUAACGAGGGUACAGUGUUAUUAUCAUGUUCGAAAGUGGAAGUUAGCAGUUAACCAUGGAAGAUAUAUAAAAAGGAAAUGCAUUUGCAGAAUUUAUUUAACGAAAGAAUAAAAUAGAAAACAUUUAAAAAGCAAAGAGAGAACAUUCCACCGGUCAUAGAGGGACAAAAUAAAUAACAAAACGUGUUUAGCAAUUUGAAAGAUUCGAUAUCGAUAUUGCUGCUAGCAUACGUUUACUUUAUAAUUAACUCGUUAUUUUUGUGAUUACAUUUUUCGUACGAUUACGAUAAUUAUAUUUGGCCUAUAGCAAUAAUAAUGAUAGUACAGAACGUUGUGUUCCUUUACUUUUUUUUUUCCGUUACGCUAGUUAGUGAUUGAUAUAUAUGUAUACUGGAGUCUCGCAUCGGUUGCACGAAAUUGCAUUUUCUUUAAGAAACAACAGUUGUUCGUAUACUACGGGUUAUUUGCAAUCCUUGAAAAGACGUUAUAGAAGCUAAUACGACAAUUAAAACAAACUGCAUUCGCUAAAUUAUAAAAAUGGAUCGACUCGAGUUGAUCCUUGGGUUCAUUUUAUAACGAUACUCUAUUUCAAAUAAUGAAUAUAUUCGUACAAAUUUCUUGUGUAAUGUACAGACGAUUGUACAUCAAAUGUCGAUUGGACAUUGUAAUUAAAGGAACAGUAAAUUAUGAUAUAAAUACUAAAGAACAACUUAACGAAACUCUGGUUUAAUAGUUGUGCAGCUGCGCUGCAAGUUUGGUCUUGUGCUAUAUAGAAAAUGCGAUUAGAUGUUUUGAGGCUCUCUAAGCAUUAUAAUUUUCAUUUCAUUAAUAAAGAAAAAUUAGUGAAACACACAAUAUAUUAUCCACUAUAGUUAGCGAUCUCGUUUCUAGUAUUUUCAUUGUUCUAAAGUAUCUCGAUAUGUCAAAGGUGUAAUGUUCAGAUCACACUUUCAAUUACCUGAUUAAUCUGUAUUCACUGUUUAGACUUGCAUAACGCGUCCAUAAGUGUGGAAACCAUACUAUAUAAAAGACAAAGACGUUGGAAGUAAUUUGCCAUGAAUGUAAUUACUACAAGUACUGCCAACAACAAAUGUAUUAGUGUUAUUAAGUACCAAAAGGAUAGACGGUGAUAUUUGUUCUCAGAUAUCGCUAUCGAGUAACAUUGUUGCCUUAGAAGAGGCUAUCACAAUUGAAAUCUAUGAAAUUAAACGAGAACGAUUUAAAAAAAAAAAAUCAAAUGUUCUUUACAAAAAGCAAAUUGCAUUUACGUUAGACUCCGUUUCUAUGAAUAGCAACGCUUGACCAAUAUUUGGUGGAAAACGUUUAUUACAAAAUUGUAAGGAACUUUUAAUUCACUUUUUUAAGAAAUAAAAAGAGAGUAAUAGUG